AUGAAAACACAUAAUAUCGAUGAAAAUGAAGACAGAAUCAGUGAUUUACCGAAUUGUGUGUUACUUCUCAUACUGUCGAUUUUGAACACCAAAGAGGCCGUUCAAACCUGCGUUUUGUCCACGAGAUGGAAGAAUCUCUGGAAGUAUAUUCCUGUUCUUUCAAUAAGUUCUUGCCACUUCGAGACUCGGAUGGGUUUCACCAUAUUCGUGUAUCAAUUUUUGUAUCUACGUGAUAACAAAACCGCACUGCACACUCUCGAUCUUCACCGCGAUGGUGUCAUCUGGCCUGGCUACCUCAACUGGGUUAUAAAAUACGCAUUUGACCACGGUGUCCAGCUAUUAGAUGUAGAUUCGACCUUUUAUUAUCAACACUAUCCACUUCCCUACGUUUCAUGUCACACUUUAACAUCUCUUACCCUUUGUACAAACAAUCAAUUUGGUCAUCCUUCAUCAUUAUUCCCAACUUCUCUGAAUUUGCCUGCAUUAACCAGCUUGUGUCUAAAAUACUUUGCCUUUCAUGGUAGUGGUGAUGAUGACCGUGCUGAGCCCUUUUCGUCAUUUAACAGCUUGAAAAGUUUGAUCAUUCACUGUUGUGUUCAAGAACAAAACCUGUUCAUAUCAAGUGACACACUUGUUUAUUUAAGAAUCAAUACAUUUGUUACUCACCAAUGUUGGAAAAUCGAGUUAUCUACUCCAAGUCUCCGUAGCUUUGAUUUUAAGGGUAAUCCUAUUCAGAAACUCAGUGGGAACAAUAACAAUCUCUCUUCUAUCAAACAUGUAAAAAUUGAUGUAGCAGUCCCGUCAUAUAUCGAAAAAUAUCCCUUGGUUCUUUUCAACUGGCUAGUUGAGCUUUCUCGUAUCGAAUCAUUGACAGUCUCUUCAUCUAUUCUUGAGGUACUUCAGUGA